AAAACAGGCAUUCAUCCAGGACUUAAUACAUUCCUGUUCAGAAGCUGUUACUGCAUUAUUCUGCAGACAGACACAGAGGGAGACAUGCUUACUAUUAUGGCUAUAUGCACAAACCAUCCAACAACGGGACACUUUCAUGAAUCCACAAGUUUGCGGUGUUGUCUGCACUGUUGACGGCAUUGUCAGCCUACUCCCAGAUAAAAGACAGGUGAUGGAGAAGUUUUUCAAGCCUGUUCACAACCCUUCUGACCCUGACAAAAUCAAGCCACAAAAGCACCACCACCACCACCACCAUCAUCGUCAUCAUCAUCCACAGGACCAACAGUCACACAGAUACACAAUGUUUGAUGAGCCUGACAGAAAUACAGAUGAAAGUCAUGAUCGUCCACGCCAUGAUCAACACGUUCAGUAUCACAAUGAUAAACUAAACUACAACGCGCACCAUCAUCGUCCAAAGCAGCAUUGUAACCUUAGUGAGGAGGAUGAGAUACUUUAUAAUAACACACAUGCACCGGUCACUUUCUCUAAGGCUUCAUCCUCUUCCCUUUCUUCUUCCUCUUCUUCCUCGUCUUCUUCAUCCUGGUACACAGAGUCAAGUGCAAAUGACCCCUUCUCGCUCCGUCACGCUGAGCGACCACAGCAUUCUUUGUCUUGCUCCAAUAUCCCAGAUGUGCGCAGAGGUUUUCGUCUGGAUGACAACACUGACCCCAUUGUCUUUGCCACCAUUAAACAUGGAAGCAGUGGCAGUAUUUGUAGUGAAUUAAUUGGGAGUUCAAAGAGGGAAAAGUGUAUGGUAUCUUCUCUUGACCGAGGUCACAGUCGAAGCGAUGAAGGCUUUCUCCAGGGUGGUGACGGUGGACCUAGAGAAAAACCCAGGGCAACUAACAGUAACUAUGGGCCACUGAAUAAAACUGUUAGUUUGAACCGAAGUCUGGCUUUUAGUGAGGAGAAUAUUCUGCUAGGAGUCUCCAAAGGCCCCAAACGAGCAGUGUCCUCAGCCAGCUUCCCAGCAAGGGAUCCUCAAGAACAAGGAGCCCCGCCCAGACAUCCGUAAGGCUAAGUCGAUGGAGGUGCUGUCACCUAGAGUUGCUGCAGGACAAAAUCCCACUGGACAGAAGGCAAAAGAGAUAAGUCCAGCUGAGAUAGAGCGAGCCAGAGAAAAUGUUGUUCAGGGAAAGUUGAAGUUUUCAGCCUUCCUGGAUGAGAUAACAAAACAGGUUAUAAGUCCAUCAGAUCUUAACAUUUGGGUGUGAAUAAAAUAAUAAAAUGUAGGGAUGACCUCUGCUCCAGGCCAAACACCUGAACCAGUCAAGCCUCAGCUGCCACCCAAGAAACACAGAGAGAGCUCAGGAGAGGAGAAGGCACAACAUCUGAAACCAGACUGUAAACAAGAGAAAGCGGCUCGCAGCAGCUCUCAGAAACACUCAGACUGUUCCAAUCCUGACAAACUGAUCUCAUACGCUGCCAGGAACCACCACGGUAGCCCCCCCACCUCAUCACCCCUCUCACAGUACCCAUCAUGGGAGUUUCAUUAAAGAUAGGAGGCCAUCGCCCACUGGAGAGUCCAUGUCAGAGGACCGAUACGGAAGGUAUGGGCCUCACCUCACUGAUGGAACCAGCACCAGCCCUGAACUCAUACAGCCCAAGCAACGCAACCACCGCAAACAGCAGCCCGCCCCCUCCCACAGCUCACACUCACACAACCAGUACUAUGCCCAGCAGGUGCACCCAGGCUCUGGGCCCACAGGGACAGGCAACUCUGCGCUAUCCUCAGCCCAGGCUGCAGGAGGAGGCCUCGGAUCUGAGUCUUCAUCCAGUAGAUCGGAUUCAUCUAGGACCAGAGACACUCUAUCCACGGAAACCAGUCAUAGCUCAGAGCAGAGUGGGCGAUAUUCUCACCAUGCAGGACACUCUGAGCAACACAGGGGCUCACCAUAUGAAACUGAACAUCUUCAGGCACUGCAGGAAGAGAAUGCAGAUCUUCACCAGAACCUUCUACAGACAGUGGUUUGCAUCGAAAGCCUGGAGGUGGAGUUACAGAGGACCAGGGACGAGCUCAAUCAUGUCAAAGACAAAUACAAAAGUCUUCUUGAGACACACUCUGGGACCAAACAGGCCAAUAACCUGUUGGGAGAACACCUGCACAUAGCAUCAGAGAGUCUGAGCAGUGAAAGGAAGUACAUGCUGAAUCGUGUGGCCCAACUGAGCUCAGAACUGGAGGACGCACGCAGGACUAUCGCUGCCCUGCAGAACAUUAAUGUCCCGUGUUUGAUAAAGGAGUUAUUGGAGAAGCACUUCAAUUCUGCUGAGGCCAUACAGAAGUUUCUGAUGACCUCCACUCCCUUCGGCCAUUCUGCUGCUUCUCUAAAAACAGAAAACCAAUCGCACUAUCCUCAAGUUGAAAAGGCCUCAUGUGAUUGGUUAUCUAAAACAGAGGCUGGCCUGCAGCAAGUCACAGCCUUCACGCCGUUUAAACAGGGGGUGCCUACAACAGAAAUUGAAAGCCAUAUUUCAGACCAGCGUGACUCCACUCACAGCCCACCACUCUCUGUAGCUGACAUCAGCACUGCAAUCUAUAAGAAAAUGGCUGCCAGUUAUGCUGUGCGACCACAGCCUCUCUAUCCUCCAGGCCAACAGCAGCCCUCUGUUGUCACUAACCUAGCUGAUACUCCACCUUCAAACCUCCAGCAGGACCAUGUGGGUGCUGACAGCUGGGGCAGGAAGGGCGGGGUGGAGUCAUUGCUUUUGGAGCAGGACGUUGUGGAUGUGACCUCCAUGUCAGCCCAGCAGAUCCUUAAUGAUUUCAUGCAGCAGCUGCAGACUCAUAAGGAGGCUGGUGGAGAGACGCAGCAGCAAGGAGGGCAGGAGUGGGUGGGUGGAAUAGAACAAACAAGCAGAGUGGCAGACUGAAAAUACCAUCCAACAGCAGGGCAGGAUGAAUGUAUAUUCUCUGACCAGUUAUUCAUUUAUUUAUUAGUUCAUCUAAUUUCUAUCAGAAGGAAACACUUUUGUUCCUGUGAAUAACAAAUGAUAUAUCUGUCUGUAAUGUGUAUUUUAGAUCAUCCAUUCCCAAAGAUUUUAUUGGGUUGCCAAAUAAAGUUGCAUUUCAAGCCAUCAAUAUAUUUGUCAACAAAAACUGUAAUUUUGAUAGUGUUUGUAAAGUUAUGAUGAUCAUAUAUAAGGUUGCUGGUGUGAAAGGCCAGCGUACAUUCUGCUUGUUUUGUCAGUGCAAGAAAAGAAAUCUAAACUUAAUGCAGUAAUUUUGUGUGAUUUUUAUGAUACUUAAACACAGUUAUAUAGAAGGAGAAAAGGAGAAAAACAGUCAACUCAAUCAACUUAUGGAACAACUUGGUAAACAGUGUUUUGGGUUGCCUAUGUUAAAAAGGAUUUCAAAAAGAUAUACAACUAUCUUAAACCAUGGUGGAAAAUGAUAUUCUGUACAUGAUAGAUAACUGGAGGUACAUCAUUUUCUAUGUAAGCAAAUUUAACUAUGAUAAUUGAAUAAGAGAAAUAGCAAUUACAUAAAUUUUCUAUUAACAGGCAAUAAAAGAGAAGAUCUGUAGCACACUCUUUUAUAAAAUGUUGGUUUUGUCAUGUCUUUCCAUUUUAGUAGCUUUGUGUCAGUUACUAUUUGCUCCCUGUUAUUGUCUCAUUUCCUCUGAAAGUAACAUUGAGCAAGAUUAAUACAUGAAGUGACACAGGUGACCAUGACAUUUAAGGUCACCACUGUCACUACUGUCAAGCGUGAGCAGCAAAAAAUGGCCUUAGUGCUCUGAUUGCUCAUAGGUAGAAUAAAGAAAAAUGAUAAAAGCGAAAAUCUACCAUUUUCUAUGGUCAUAAAUGUGUCAAGUUAAUGGAUAAAAAUCACCUUUAAAAAAAGUCUUUUUGCCGUUUAUACAGAACAGCAAGGCCUUUUUAGAUUACAUAAGCUCCUGCUUUCUAGUGAUCAACAUCUCCAGCUGACUGAUUAUACCUAGAAUACAGUUCUAGUCAAGUAUGAUCAGAAGACAGCAAAGGCUUCUGGUCAACAGGAGCUAAAAUAAGUCUGUAGUAUUAUAUUGCACACGAUGCAACUGUAGCCUGCUCCUGUUAUGAUGUUUGCUUUACAGAGACCCUGAAGAAUGGAACUUUUCUUGUCUACAUGUAUGAAGGACACUCCCUGCUUGUAAAACCCCUUUUUCACAUACUUAUAACUGAGGUCAUAACGGUCAACUUUCAAUUGCACUCUGUUGUUCUGUCAAUGUCAGCAUCAGUGAAGACAUUUUUUUUCUUUCUUUUCACAGUUAGUAAUCCAAAGAAAAGUACCUCUGAUAAAAAUUGUUUCCCUCCUGCCUUUUGUGUUUUUUGUUUGUACUGUACAGUUGUGAAAAGUGAGCCUUUGCCCUGCAAGAAUUAGAGGCAGAAAAUGAAAAAUAUAUAGGUCAACUUCAUAAACUGAUAUAAAGACAAGAUGACUUUUUUCUUUGUGUCACUGUUAAUUCAUAUUAACGUAGACCGUGUUGAGAUAACAUCACAGUUAGUAUAAUUAAAAUUAAUUAAUUGGAACAUCCAUAUUUUUGUGUAAAUAUUUAAUGACUCAGUCUAUUUAUAUUUAACACUGUGAAGACUCAUGAUGUUAAGUUACCCUCCCCAGAUAGAUUAUGUGAAAGUUCACACAGUAGGCAGAAACACACAUGUACUGUAUUAAAAAUGUACAUUUAGGAGGUACAAUCUUGUAAUUAUGUAUAUGUGUUAUAUUAAGAUGAAUGUUUGUGAAUUGAUGUCUAAAUAAAAUCAUAAUAAAAUGCAAA